AUGGAUUCUUGGAUACUCAAGUUGCUGUUGCCACAACUUUUGCUUCCGUUCAUUCAACAUGCUGAUGCAAGCUCUAUCAUCAAAUAUGUUCCUGGCUUUGAAGGCCCUCUGCCUUUUGAGCUUGAAACCGGAUACAUUGCUGUUGGUGAGGCAGAGGAAGAUCAGAUGUUCUAUUACUUCAUCAAAUCUGAGAGGAACCCUGAAGAAGACCCUCUUCUUGUCUGGUUAACUGGAGGACCUGGCUGCUCUUCUCUCACUGGCCUUGUUUAUGAGAAUGGUCCUCUUGCUUUCAAGGUUGAGGCCUACAAUGGAAGUGUCCCUUCUUUGGUCUCUACUACAUAUUUAUGGACUAAGGUUGCCAAUAUAAUAUAUUUGGACCAGCCUGUUGGGACUGGCUUCUCCUACUCAAGAAACCCAUUUGCUGAUAGACCAAGUGACACAAGAGCAGCUAAGCGGGUCAAUGAGUUUCUUCGUAAGUGGCUAGACAAGCAUCCUGAAUAUUUUUCCAAUCCUUUUUAUGUAACCGGAAACUCUUAUUCCGGUAAGAUGGUUCCAGCCAUCGUUCAAGAAAUCUCAAAUGGAAACUAUAUUUGUUGCAAACCUCAAAUAAAUCUUCAGGGCUAUGUGCUCGGAAACCCGGUAACAAACUUUGAUUUUGAUAAUAACACUCGCGUUCCAUUUGCUCAUGGAAUGGCACUCAUCUCUGAUGAACUCUUUGAGGCGAUGAAGAGAAGCUGUGGAGGUGACUAUUUUCAUGUGGAUCCUCUUAACACAGAAUGCUUGAAACUCGUUAAAGAUUACAAGAAGUCUGUCUCUAGAGUAUAUAAAGAACUUGUUCUAGAAUCAAAUUGUGACAAAACAUCUCCUGAUUGCUAUAUGUAUCGAUAUUCGCUAUCCGAAUAUUGGGCUAACAGCGAGAGUGUACGCAGUGCACUUAAAGUGGCGAAGGGGACUAAAGGGAAAUGGGAGCGAUGUGACAGCGCCAAUGUGCAUUGCAUUCAAGACAUUAAAAGCAGCCUACCAUACCAUAUGAAUAACAGCAUCAAAGGCUAUAGAUCUCUCAUCAUCAGUGGUGAUCACGAUAUGACAAUCCCUUUCAUUGGAACCCAAGAGUGGAUAAGGUCUCUAAACUUUUCCAUUAUUGAGAAAUGGAGGCCAUGGAUGAUACAAGAUAAAGUCGCUGGAUACACCCAGACUUAUGCUAAUAAGAUGACAUAUGCCACUGUGAAAGGAGGCGGGCACACGCUGGAGUAUAAACCAGUGGAGAGUUCAAUCUUGUUCAAGAGAUGGAUAAGUGGACAACCACUUUAAAACAUAGAAACCUUAUUCUUGGUGUUAUCUGAUUAAUGCCGAACGUGCUUGGUAUCCGGAUUCAUAGAUAGACACAUUUCGUUAUUAUUGUAUUGACUAAUUUUGGCCAGCUUAUU